AUGUUCCUCAGGAUGCUAGAGGAGGUUUCUGUGCUGCUGUGGGCAUCCUUGUUGGUCCUCGGCUUAUUUCUCUUCUCUCCAGCUACUGUACACAAAUCUGUGAUUUCCGUCCAGCCUCCGUGGACCACUGUCUUCCGUGGAGAGAGAGUGAAUCUGACUUGCAAUGGAUUUCACUUCCAUGCACAAGAGAAAUUAAAAGGCUACCGUUGGUUCUCUGGGAAAGCACGUCCACGUGAAACUCCAGGAAAUACCCUUGAGGUUCGUGAUUCUGGACAGUACAGGUGCCAGGCCCCAGGCUCACUCCCAAGUAACCCUGUGCACUUGAUCUUUUCUUCAGCCAACCUGAUCCUGCAGGCUCCAAUUGAUGUGUUUGAAGAAGACUCCGUGGUUCUGAGAUGCCAAGCAAAGGCAAACAUAGUACUAAAUAACAUGACAUUGUACAAGAAUGGAAAAAUCCUGGAAAUCCUUAACAAAACUUCUGACUUCCAUAUUCAUCAAGCAAGUAUGAAGGACAAUGGUGAAUAUUACUGUAGUGGAGUUAAAGAUAAUCACUUUGUUUCUUCAAACAAAAUUAAAAUCAUAGUCCAAGAGCUGUUUCCAAGUCCCGUGCUGAGAGCCAGCUCCACCCAGCCCACUGAGAGGGACGCAGUGACCUUGACCUGUGAGACUCAGCUCUCUCAACAGAGGCCAGAAGGCCAGCUCCUGUUCCGCUUCGUCAAACAAUCAAACAACGUGGGGUCAGACUGGAAAAGCUCCCCAGAAUUCCAGUUCUCUCCCAUACGGAGAGAAAACUCAGGGUCUUAUUGGUGUGAGGCACGGAGAGUGAAUUCCCUUGUCCAGAAACGGAGCCAGGAAUUACAGAUACAGGUACAAGAAAUUGUCCAAAUACACUACUACCCAGAGUUCGUGUUUGAAGGUCAGGAGCUGGUUCUCAUCUGCUCAGUAAAUGGAGCUCCAAAGCCCAUCACAGUCUCCUGGUACAAAAAACAAGACAGACUGCAGAAGGACAUAGAGCUUCAAACUUCCUCAAAAACAGAAUUCAAGGUCUCUGUGGUGCAAAACAGCGAUGCUGGAGAGUAUUACUGUAUUGCCAGAAACAGUCGCUUUUCCAAACAGAGCAACUCAGUGAUCAUCAGUGUGAAAGUGCCCGUGUCUCAACCUGUCCUCAGCCUCAGCCCUCCUGGAACCCGGACUCUUGUGGGAAAUGAGGUGAGACUUCAGUGUGAAGUUCAGAGAGGGUCUUUGCCCAUCUGGUACCAGUUUUUUCGUGAAGAUGUGUUGCUCACAAGGAGAGAAGCUACUUCACGGAGAACAAAGUCCUAUAGCUUCUCUGUGACUGGAGAGAAUUCUGGAAACUACUACUGCACAGCUGACAAUGGCUUUGGCCCUCAGAGAAGUGAGAGCAUCAACCUCUCUGUCGUUGUUCCAGUAUCUCGCCCUGUUCUAACGCUCAGGGCUCCCAGGGGCCAGGCUGUGGUGGGGGACGUGGUGGAGCUUCACUGUGAGGCCAAGAGAGGCUCUCCCCCGAUCCUGUACCAGUUUUAUCAUGAGGAUGUCACCCUCGGGAGCAGCUCAAGUCCCUCUGGAGGGGGUGCUUCCUUCAACCUCAUCCUGAAGACAGAGCAUUCUGGGAACUACUUCUGUGAGGCCAACAAUGGCCAGGGGGCCCAGCGCAGUCACAUGGUGCCACUCAGUGUCAGAGUUCCAGUGUCUCAUCCUGUCCUCACCCUCAGGACUCCCAGGGUCCAGGCUGUGGUGGGGGAUGUACUGGAAAUUCACUGUGAAUCCCAGAGAGGUUCUCCCCCCAUCCGGUACCAGUUUUAUCAUGAAGAUGUCGCCCUGGGGAACUGCUCAAGCCUCUCUGGAGGAGGAACAUCCUUCAACCUCUCCCUGACCACAGAACAUUCUGGAAACUACUCCUGUGAAGCUGACAAUGGCUUGGGGGUCCAGCGUAGUGAGGCAGUGUCACUCAAUGUCAGAGUUCCAGUGUCUCUCCCUGUCCUCACCCUCAGGACCGCCAGGACCCAGGUUGUGGUGGGAGAUGUAUUAGAACUUCGCUGUGAGGCCCAGAGAGGCUCUCCCCCGAUCCUGUACUGGUUUUAUCACAAUAAUGUCACCCUGGAGACCAGCACAUCUCACUCUGGACAAGGAGUGUCCUUAAACCUGUUGCUGACUGCAGAUCAUUCUGGGACCUACUCUUGUAAGGCCGACAAUGGCCUGGGUCCCCAGCACAGUGAGGCAGUGACACUUUCUAUCAUGGGGCUGACAGGGAGCAAAAGCAGCCUUAUUGCAACCAGUGUCACCGGGGGGCUGCUCAGCAUGAUGGCCAUUGCUGCCGUGGCAGUGCUGUUCUACUGCUGGCUCCUGAGAAAAGCAGGAAGGAAGCCUACAUUUGAUUCCUCCAGGAAUCCUUCAGCCCCAGAUCCCCAAGAGUCCACCUACCACAAUGUACCAGGCUGGGUAGAACUGCAACCAGUAUACAGCAAUGUAAAUCCUAACAGAGGAGAGGUGGUGUACUCAGAAGUCUGGAGUGUGAAAAAGGAGAACAAAGUCACAGCAGCCACUGAACCAGAGCUUUUCAAGAACACGGAUUCCUGUGUCAUCUACUCCCAGGUGAAGGGUGCUUCCACCACAGCCUCUAAGCCCCAGUUCUUGGAUCCAUUCACUCCUCACAGAUGA